UCUACGUUAUCGACUUAAUGACACGUGACACUCGUGACASAUAAGAGUUAUGUUUACAAACAUUAACAAAAAUGGAUUUUUUAAGUUUGAUUCGGCAUCAAAGUGAGAAAUUGAACGGUCGCGAAUACGUAAAUCAUUUAUGGGAAGAAAUAGAAGGUAAAAAUUUUGACGCUGACAUAAAUCCGACAGCUGUCCAAGAUUUCAACAAUCAUCUACCAGUCCUGCUGGAACAAUUUUGGGAAGAUGCUUUACAGAAACUCACUGGUAUAACAACUCUUGACGAAUAUGACGAGGAAGUGAAAACUUAUCUGUUGGUUCUCAUAUAUCAAUGCAUUACACAAUCACACGAGUUGAUUUCAUACAGCUGCGUUUUAUAUGCUUCUGAAGUGUAUUUAAGUUUGUUGACAACACCUCAGACUGAUGAUUUUUACAAAAGCAAGCUUUACUGUGCUACUUUAAAUACACUCCAGUCGUCUCUUGAAGCUACAGUGUCUGAAUCUGUAAAUAAUCGGUUGAUGUACAAGCUGAGAUGUUUUUUAACUAAAGCAAAAUUUAAUGCUAGUGAUUUGGAAGUCACUUUAGCAACGUUAAUCCAGAUCAUUUUUAUAAAGUCUCAAGAGACUUUUCAAACGUUUGAAGUCUUGCAAAAUCCAGGAUCAGUGGCAUAUGAAGCUUUAUUGAGUCUAAAAGUUUUGUUUGAACAAGAGAAUAUUCCAUCUAGAAAAAUUAUCAUUACAACAUAUUUGUUCAAUGGGUUAAGAAGACACAACACUAUUAAUCUCACACCUCGUCAUUUUAACCUUAUACAAGUCAACUUUCGAAAUUUGCUUAAAAGUUUACAUCCUAAAUUCAAASAAGAUCAUUAUAAAACUUUUCUAAACGCGUUUAUCCACAUAUGGAAACAUCCAGAUUUUACUUUCUAUGGCGAAGCUGUUUGCAUUAUGAACAGUUUAAAAGAGAAACAUUACCGCACUUUGAUUGACAUUUUAAAUAAAAUGAUGAUAUCAAAAACAGUUCACAAAAAUUUGUUCAAAUUUUCUCUUGCAAUUAUUUGUUUCUCACCCAAGCACGUGUCUAUUGAUAAAGUUAAAGUCACCAAUGAAAUUUUACUCAAAAAUAUUUUACUCAAUUGUAUUUCAAACAAAUCGGAAAUUUCGAAUGCAGCUGUUGAAUCCUUAGCUGAAAUUUUGAUGUCGCCUGAUUUGAGUAAAGAAUAUGUUGAAGCACCUGUGAAAGUAUUUUUCAAAGUACCUAUUUGUGAAUUGUGUUCUAGUUUGAGUUUUAGGCAAUUUURAAUGCUAGCAGCSACCAAACAAUGAGUACAGUUACGAUAAUCCGAGGUWUACAAAGUUUAAUGAAUAAAAAAUGGAGUAACCGCUCAAAAAAUAAACAUUUAUUUGUUAUAUUCCUUUCUAUAAUGUUGUUUAGCGAGGAAGAUCAUCCACAGAUUUAUAGAGAGGUUUUAGAAUACUUAACAGAAGGAUGUUCUCCCUUUGACCUAAAACCUUUUAUAUCACUGUUGUCAGAAACUUACUUAAAACUGAACGAAAAAAAGUACAUAUAUAGCGCUCUUCAAGUCUUGAAAGUGAUUUUUAAAAUGGCACUACAUCCAAUGGCAUCAUCAACCGAAUUUGUUAAGCAUCUAUAUAUGGCGAUGAUAUACCCAAACAUAUGUAAAGGAAUAUCACAAACACCGGAACUUUUCAUAGACCCAAUCAUAUCCGAUGAUUUUAAUUUUUCAGAAUUUUUUCAAAAAUGUCACACCUUAGGGCUGAUUAAAAAGGAGCAUAUAAGCAGGAACAUGGAAAAUCUUUCAACUAUCAGAAAAUGUAAUUUAAAAUUGCUUUGUGUGAUUGUUCACUUGACCGAAUAUAAGGAGUUGUCGCAAAUUGCUGAUCAUAUUCACAAUCAUUUUAUGAUGAUUUGUAACAGUUCCGAUUUGAAUUACUUGUUUUACAUUUACAACAAAAUAUUCAAGAAUAAUACAGAUUUAAUGAGAUUAAAUUCGAAUUUAAGGUGUAACGAAAUUAUGGUUUGUUUUAUUAAACAUCAUCUACUCAGACAAAGUUUUCGGUGGGAUUGUGUCGCUAAUGCUUUUGCAUUGUUGAAAACUCUUGAAGAAUUUACGAACCUUAAUGAAGAUUUUCUUACAUUAAAAGAACAAUAUGAUAAAAGUUUAGCUUUGACUUUACGAAGCAGAGGCAGCUUUCUUCCUUUACUAUAUUUCUCUCAGCUGGUAAUCUUCAGUAAAGUUAUACCCAAUGACAUUAAUCUUAAAGCUGUUACUGAUUUUUUGCAGUUGUGCAGUAAUGAAAUACACCAGAGAUCCCCGGAAUUUAAUCCAAAACUCUGGAUUGGCUGUUUACUCCUCUACACAAACAUUUCCGUAAUUAGGACUAAUUUGGUUGAAUCUUGUAUGGAGUAUCUCCAGAGUGGUUUAAAUUCGUCAGUGAUGGUAGUCAAAUUAGCAUCGCUUAAUAUGACAUUUGACCUAUGCAACCUAGUGACCCACAACUUUGAUGAUUUGAUACGCUACAUGUUCAAGCAGCUUGUUUACGGCGAUAUUGUAUUCAAAAAAACUUGUUUGAAGAAAAUCGAUAGAUUGAUACGAGACGAUUAUUUGAAGUUGGAUUUGGAACAGUUUUUGGUUUUUACGGCGAUUUUGGGCGACCGAGAUGUGGAUUUAAGCGAUUAUUUGAAGCAACUUUUGAAUGAGUUUUUUUUCGUAUCGAAUGCGCCCGUUACUGCGAGGUAUUUUGUGCCUUUGAUUGUGCAUAUUAACGGUUACAGAAAACAUAACAGUUAUAAAUUGAGCAAAAAUGGAUACGAAUUGAUUGAACUUGUCGCAAGGAAUGUUUCAAAUAGACGAAAGAUCUACACGUUGUUGUUUACAAGUUUUCCAGUUAAAACUAGGUUUAAUAUAAUCCAAAUUAUUUCAACACAAAUUUUAGAAAAAAUGAUGAAAGGAGUAAUUAAGCUUGACGAAGGUUUUUGGAAGAUGAUGAAGGAUUCGAUUUUUAUUUUUAAGUUGAUAGCUUCGAAUUCAAACGAUGAGGAAUUUGGUGAAAACUAUUACAAGAAAGUUUUAGGAUACAUCUCGAAAUAUUUAUUACAGAAAACCGAAUAUUCUGAAAAAAGUUCAUACGUUGAAUACCACAAAGAGAUUACACAAGGAACUGAACUUUUAUUAAAAUUAUUGUUUUUCAAUGACUUUGUCAAUAUUCAACAACAUAUUAGUAUAUCUCUUGUUGACGCAAUUGUUCAUUGGACCAAUUUUCUAAUGGCAGAUCUGGUGCAUAUUGUUCACAUUGAACGAAAUAAAACGAUACAAAAUCAUUUUUUUAAAUUUGAGAAAUAUUAUAAAGAAAACUGUGACAAUUUGAGAUAUACGGAAGAAUCUUUUGAAAUGUGAAAACAAUAACUUACAGGAUGAUGUUGUUUUGCCUCCAAGGUUUCUCUUCAGUAUGGCCGAUGAUUACGUUCCACCAUUUGAAAAUAGUUAGAAUGAUCUUAGAUUUAUAUUUUUUUUAUGAAAUGUAGUUGAUUUGAUUUUUUUAUUGAACUAAAAUAAAACUUUCACAAGCUUA